UAUUGCUUUGGAAAAUGCUUUAAAAAUGACUAAAACCAAAACAACUGUGACUGUUCAGUUAUGGUUUGCCGUUUUACUGGAGUAACUGCUGUAGGGCGUAAACACACGGAAAUAUAAUUUAAUUCCGCCUUAACUCCUAAAACUUCGCAUGAUCCGGUUAAGAAAUAGAGCAACACUUAUCACAGAUACACCAUACGGAUUUCAAUGAGAGUCAUCUAUGAUGAUAAACAUCUUUCAGUUUACCUCAGGCCACAGCUGAAUGUCUUCAAAUGUUUCAAUGCAUUUUCUCCUCAUCCAGUAUAAGGGAAAUGGUCAACGCCUGGUUUGCUGAGCGUGUUCACUGCAUCCAACCAUCUAGAGAAGGACCGAAAGCCCCAUCAGAACCUUUCACAGUCCUCCAUACUCUGGGUCCAACAGAUGCGCCAUCUCCCAGUCCAACACCGUCCACUCCUACACGAAAGAUCUCGGCAUCUGAGUUCGAUAGACCUCUUCGUCCCAUCGUGGUGAAAGACGCGGAGGGUGCCCUCACCUUUCUGACUGACACGGAGAAGGUAGAGAUGCCUCUUUCUACCUCUCAGCGAACAGGAGAUGGGGCGGAUGAGGGCGGAGGAGGUUUGGAUACAAGUGGAGACCGAUGCGCUCGUCUGCUGGAACUCGUACGAGAUGUUUCGAGUCACUUGGACCUUACCACUCUCUGUCACAAGAUCUUUUUGCACAUUCAUGAGUUGAUUUCUGCAGACCGCUACUCGUUGUUUUUGGUCGGUGAGGACAGCUCGAACAGGAAGUUUUUGGUUAGCAGACUUUUUGAUGUCGCAGAAGGAACCACACUGGAGGAGGCUUCCAACAGCGGCAUUCGACUCGAAUGGAACAAAGGCAUAGUAGGAUAUGUGGCGGCCACGGGAGAGCCUCUGAAUAUUAAGAAUGCAUAUGAGGAUCCGCGCUUUAAUGCAGAAGUGGACCAGAUUACAGGGUACAAGACACAAAGCAUCUUGUGUAUGCCUAUAAAAAACCACAGAAAUGAGGUUGUCGGUGUUGCACAAGCGAUCAAUAAGAGAUGUGGAGAAAACAGCACGUUUACAGAGCAGGACGAGAAGGAAUUUUCUUCAUACCUGGCUUUCUCCGGCAUAGUGCUCCACAACGCCCAGCUCUAUGAAACAUCGCAACUAGAGAACAGAAGAAACCAGGUGCUGUUGGAUCUGGCCAGUCUGAUUUUUGAGGAGCAACAGUCAAUGGAGGUCCUGCUGAGAAAAACUGUGGCAACCAUUUUGUCUUUCAUGCAAGCGCAGGGAUGCACUGUGUUCAUUUCUGACCAGGAAACAGCCGCUAUCCACAGCUUGUGUGGGACCCUUUCAAGGCGAACUAAGCUCGGAUGGCCACUCACCCACAGGAAGCAGACUUAUUUAAGUGUUCACUUACCUGUGAACACGUUCUCUGGUGUGUUUCACAUGGAAUAUGAGGAGCUCACUGGAUCUGUCAACUUUUCAAACAGGGAAUGUGACGUCAACAAGAUUAACUACAUGUACGCUCAGUAUGUCAAAAACACGAUGGAGCCGCUGAACAUCGCAGAUGUCACUGAAGACCAGAGAUUUCCAUGGACCAGUGAAAAUCUGCAGCUGUCAAAAUGUCAAGUUAAAAGUCUUCUCUGCACACCGAUUAGGAAUGGAAAGAAGGACAAAGUUAUAGGUGUGUGCCAGUUGGUCAAUAAGAUGGAUGAUUGUACGGGGGAAGUUAAAGCCUUUAAUCGCAAUGAUGAGCAGUUCCUGGAGGCUAUUGCUAUCUUCUGUGGACUGGGCAUUCAAAACACGCAGAUGUAUGAAGCUGUUGAGAGAGCGAUGGCAAAGCAAGAGGUCACACUUGAGGUUCUGUCAUAUCACGCCUCUUCUUCAGAUGAGGAAACCCGGGCGCUCCAGACGGCAGCGAUUCCCUCGGCACAAUCUCUCCGACUGCUGGACUUUGGCUUUAGUGAUUUCGACCUGACAGAUGUUGAGACCACACAGGCGACCAUUCGUAUGUUUGUGGACUUAAAACUCGUACAGAACUUUCAGAUGAACUACAAGAGUCUGUGCCAGUGGAUUUUAAGCGUAAAGAAGAACUACAGAAAAAACGUCGUCUACCACAACUGGAGACACGCCUUCAACACUUCUCAAUGCAUGUUUGCGGUGCUCAAAUCCGGACAGGUUCAGAAUAAUCUGAGUGAUUUGGAGAUUUUGGCACUGAUGAUCGCAACAUUGAGUCAUGAUUUAGACCACAGAGGCGUCAAUAACUCGUAUAUUAAAAGGAGUGAACACCCGCUGGCUCAGCUAUAUUGUCACUCCACCAUGGAGCAUCAUCACUUUGACCAAUGUCUCAUGAUCCUCAACAGUCCAGGCAAUCAGAUUUUGAGUAGUCUUUCUCUGGAGGAGUAUAAGACAACGCUGAAGAUGAUAGAAAAGGCUAUUUUGGCCACUGAUCUGGCUCUUUAUAUGAAAAAAAGGACUGAGUUUUUUGAGUUGGCUAAGAACAGUCAGUUUGUAUGGGAAGAUGAAGAACACAGAGAUCUUUUGAGGUCAAUGCUGAUGACAGCGUGUGAUAUUUCUGCAAUCACAAAACCCUGGCCUGUACAAAAGAGGACAGCUGAACUUGUUGCCACAGAGUUCUUUGAACAGGGUGACAAGGAGCGGCAAGAGCUGAACAUUGAACCUAUUGAUUUGAUGAACAGGGAGAAGCGAGAUAAAAUUCCCAGCAUGCAAGUGUCGUUUAUUGAUGCCAUCUGCACACAGUUAUAUGAGGCGCUGGCGGGUCUCUCAGAGCUCUGCUCCCCUCUGCUGGAGGGCUGCAGGACAAACAGACUCAAUUGGAAGAUACUUGCUGAACAAGGAGAUGAAGGAGCUUUGAUGAAUGGAGGACUGUAGCUUUCCGUGGGCACGUGUCAUUUUUGAGACGGACAUUCAGAGACAUCCUUACAGAUUAAAGGAGUUGACACUUUCUAAAACUUUAACCUCUGCUAGUUUGAUCUUCUUCAGGCGUUUCAGAUAUGAAGGAAAUGCACACCAACAGGUUAAAAGUGUGAGGAUGAAACUAUGAAGGAUGCAGGACUAUGAAAGGAUCGCUCAGAUGAUGAAGAAAUGUUUUUACUACUGUGACUUAACCGUUUUCACUCAUUAAGAAACAUUCAGGAUUCAACACAAGUUAACUUCUAUCGACAUCGUCUGUGGAAUAGAAAACAGCAUUUAUGACCAUCUAUGGGGCAAGUGUUUUUAUUAAAGCAUUUAUAUUAUUUCACUAUUAGGGUGAUUCUCACGAAAACUUGGUUUUAAAAAUGUCAAGCAUGAAAAUAUAAAAAUUGCUUAAAUUUACUUUUUUCCCCACCAGACAUUGAAAAACAAAGUCUGGAGUAAAUGGGAACAUUAAUUUAAAAACUUUUACUUAUCAUUUAACACUUUUUGUAACAUAAUUUUAAAAAUCUCAUUACCGCAACAGUCAGAAAACAUCAACACUGACAUAUUUUCAAAAUGACAUGACAAACCUGAAAGAACAUAAUUUGGAGAUUCUGCACAUGCAUUUAAAAUCAAAGUAUUAUGCUUUUAUUAAUUAAAUUAAUUAAACAUUUAAUAAGCAUCUGUUGCGGUAAUGAUAAUCAAAAUGUCAUGUAAGCAUUCUGACAAGACAAUAUUUCAAAUUAACUGUAAAAAAAUGAUCUUACCUGGUAGCCAUCUUGAAGUAACUGGUCCAUGUGCUUGGUCACUCAAAAUCAAACUUUAUUAAAAUUCUGUAUGUGUGCUUAAACUGUUCUCAAAAAGUGUUGUGGAGGAUGAGAACAUCAGGCAUGGACACAUCAUUUUCCUAAUUUUCUUCAUUAUUAUUAUACAUGAAUAUUCGGUAAAUAUUUUUUCUGCCGUCUAAAGUAGUCUUAAUAUAUUUCUUAAUAUUUUUGUGUUAAUUUGAUUAAAUUACAACAUAACGCAUGUUCAAACACAGCCGGACACAUUGCGGUAAUGAGAAUUUCAGCAGAAAAUGACAUAAAAUGUACAAUUAUAAAUUCUUAUGUUGAAAUCACACAUUGUGCAAGGUAGAACACAGUAUUGUGUUAAUUCUGAUGCUUUUUAAUGUUACUAUAUUACACAUUUUAAAGCUAAAGUCAUUAGUGCCGUGGUGUUUCAAUGGUUUCGUGAGAAUCACCCAUUACAUGGAUCACUAUUAGAUGGAUCAACUUAAAAAGUUUUCAUCUUUACAUGUUUAUACAAAAGGAAUAAAGAAUUUCAAACAGAAAGGUUAGUAACCGUGUCGUAAGACCUCCUAAGCUGUGACCAAGUCCAGGGGAUGUCGAGACCAAGACGAGCUGUGUCCCAAUCCAAAGGCUGCGACCUUCUAAGGACGCGACCUCAGAAGGCGAGCACUCUGUCUUUAAAGGUCGCAGCCUCCAAAGUCUACUAGAAAGAGAACUGAAAUGAGACUGUCUAUCUUUCGAAUGAUCCAUAAUUUGCAUCACCUCUUGUACGCAUCCACCACGCCUGUCAGCAGGACACAGCGGAGACAUUUCUGACUUAUUAAUUAAAAUAAAUAUCGAACCAAAAAAAUAAUUUUAUUUGAGAAAAUAUGACGCGUUGAUGUAGAUUAAAUGUUAAAUGUUGAUUAGAUUGUAUCAAAUGAAUCAACCAUAGAAAUAAACACAAUGUACACAGAAUAAUAUUAAUACCAAACAUAACUUAUAAUAAUAAAACAGUUACAAGUUUUUAGAUCCAUCCGUUCUAUCUUUAGCAGCGCGGAAAAAUAAUGACGCAUUUUGAGGCUUUAUUUUAAGCAUCCUUUGAAUUGGGACAGCCUUACUAGCCUUCAGUAGCGAUGCUGUGACGCAAUCGGUCUGCGUACACACCAAACACGAAACUUUGUGUCACGCGAAUUUUUCGCUUCAGUUAAAAUAUUUUCACCCGGCUCAAAGAUGUGUUUGAGGUGACUAUUGUGUGUGUUUUUGUAACAAUCGCGCCGCCCAAUUACGCCUCAUUCACACAGACAGCGACAUUAUCGCUGUGUGUCGCCCGUCUCUUUCUAAAUCUACUAUAAAUGAGUACCAUCCACUCCAAUAACUGACGAGAGAAGGAUGACUCCCCUGCUUCACUCCCAUUAGUAAUCGCUCCUGAAAUUUGCAUAAUGUGCAUAAAGUUCAACUGUUCUUAACUUUCUCACGUCGCUGGACACGCCCAUACGGUCGCCAACGGUCACUUUCACUCGUGUCGCUGGAAGUCGCAGAGUUUCCAUUGAAAUUACUGCUGGUCGCUGGCUGUCUGAAUGAGGUGUCAUUCGCAUUACCCAGUGCGAGUUCACAUCUACUUGCAUCUUUGCAUUAGCUUUGUAUGUAAUCUACUCAUGCAAAUUGUGGAAUUGCCCCAUUAGAAUACAUCAUUCGAAGGUCGCAGCAUUCAAAUUGGGACACAGCUAAGAUCAAGACUUUUAAAGGAAUAGUCUACUCAUUUUCAAUAUUAAAAUAUGUUAUUACCUUAACUAAGAAUUGUUGAAUCAUCCCUCUAUCAUCUGUGUGCGUGCACGUAAGCGCUGGAGCGCGCUGCGACGCUUCGAUAGCAUUUAGCUUAGCCCCAUUCAUUCAAUGCUACCAUUUAGAGAUAAAGUUAGAAGUGACCAAACACAUCAACGUUUUUCCUAUUUAAGACGAGUAGUUAUAUGAGCAAGUUUGGUGGUACAAUUAAAACGUAGCGCUUUUCUAAGCGGAUUUAAAAGAGGAACUAUAUUUUAUGGCGUAAUAGCACUUUUGGGAGUACUUCGACUCGGCGCAGUAACACCCUCCCUCUCCCAUUAUGAGAGUAAGAAGGGGAGCGGACUUUUCAGGCUAUUCCUUUAAGGGCCAAGACCGAGACCAAAGACUAGACUGAGAGACAAGAUCAAGACCAUCAAAAACUUGGAUAUAAUUACAUCUUGAAUAAUGUUGGCCUUUGUAUUAAUUUUGUUGACAGAUUUCUUUCAGACUAUCCCCAAUUAAUUUCUUCCUGGCCCAACAGUAACAAAAGAAAUCAAAUCAGAAAUAAAUCAAUGAUUUCUUUUAAAGCAAGACAAAGUUUAUCCAAUCACAUUGUUGACUUUGGAACAUAAAUCAGACAAUGCACCAGCAAUUUAGUGUUAUACCUGCAGUUGUGGUCUUGAAAAAAAUCCCGAAAUGACCAAAACCAUAAAAAAAAAAUGUGUUUCGAGUAAAUCUAUCACCUUUGUCUCUGGUUAUAUAUUUAUGUCUUGCGUUGCGUUAUGUCCUGCUCCAUAGACUUCCUUUGCAAAUUCAUGGCUGUAAACACAAGUUUUAUUUAUUUUUAACAAACUGAGCUUAACUUGUGUUGAACCCAGAACAUAAUGCUUCUGAUGAAGACAUUUACACUGAAGUGUUUAUUCUUAUACAGUAGUUAUUUUGUGUGCUCACACUAUAUUAAUGCAGAUUUACAUGCAAAUAUUAGUAGUUUGUAUUUUUGCACUGUUGAAGUAAGCUGACCAAAAAAUGUUGACUAUAUUGGAAAUAUUUUGUACUAUUUAACCGUUUCCACAUAUUCGAUCUUUAUAUUGAGUCUGUAGGAUCUUUUGGUUCACUGAUAAGUGUACUUGCAAAGAAACAUUGAAUAAUGUUGUAGACAUACUGUAUAUAGCAGCCUAUGAUAUGUGAAUGUUUUUCCUCAAAUGUGUGAAGGUCUUUGUUGUGCAAACACACACAGAAUGUAUUUAUGAUGACGUGGGAGUGACACAACAUAUUUGUAGAAAUCUUUACAGCGAAAAUGCUGUCAUACAUUGUUAAAAUAAAACUUUAAACUUCU